AGAUCCAGUGUGCGUGGAAGGAAAGGACAUCGCUUCCGUGUUUUUUUCUUCUGCUUCUCUCUCUGUGGAGAAAGAGAGUGUCAAUCCGGUCAAGACCACAUACCUCUCACUGUUAAACAGUGAAACCCUAAUUUAGCCUUCUUGCUCAGGGAUCGUCGUCGUCUUUAUCGGCCAUGGCCUACAACGAACGUGACAGCUUCGUCUACCUCGCUAAGCUCUCCGAGCAGGCUGAGCGCUACGAUGAGAUGGUGGAUGCAAUGAAGAAGGUUGCAAAGCUUGAUGUCGAACUGACUGUUGAAGAGAGGAACUUGCUCUCUGUUGGAUACAAGAAUGUGAUUGGGGCUCGCAGGGCCUCGUGGAGGAUCCUCUCCUCCAUAGAGCAGAAGGAAGAAGCGAAAGGGAACGAGGUGAAUUCAAAGAGGAUCAAGGAGUACAGGCAAAAGGUUGAAGCAGAACUCACGAACAUUUGCAGUGAUAUUAUGACAGUGGUUGAUGAACAUCUCAUCCCUUCUGCCUCUCCUGGUGAAUCAACAGUCUUCUUCUACAAGAUGAAGGGAGAUUACUACCGUUAUCUCGCUGAAUUCAAGUCUGGCAAUGAGAAGAAAGAGGCAGCUGAUAAUUCAAUGAAAGCAUAUGAGACAGCUACAACUGCUGCAGAGGCUGAAUUGCCUCCUACACAUCCCAUUCGGCUGGGCUUGGCUUUGAAUUUCUCUGUAUUCUAUUAUGAGAUAAUGAAUUCGCCUGAAAGGGCAUGCCACCUUGCCAAGCAAGCAUUUGAUGAAGCAAUCGUUGAGCUUGACAACCUCAACGAGGAUUCGUACAAAGAUAGCACCUUAAUUAUGCAGCUUCUUAGGGACAACCUCACCUUGUGGACUUCUGACAUCCCGGAGGAUGGAGAAGAUGCCCAGAAGACAAACGGCAUUGCAAAGGUUGGUGCGGGAGAGGAUGCUGAGUGAAGCAGAUAUGGCCUGGGAACUACCAGACUGUCCAGGGAAACGAGGGCCUAGUGGGACCUGAUAGUCUGUCUUGGUUUUAGUUGAAGAUAGAGUUCACUUGGGUUUCUUUUGCUUUAUGUUUUCAUUUCUUAAGUACCAGACUUUGUUAUGCGUUCUCAUAGCUUGUAUGUCUGAACAUUGUUGGUGCUAUCAAGAGUCAUUCCUGUUAUGGUGGAUGGAUUGUAGAGCAUUGGCAUGAUUGCUAAGGGGUCGUUCACACUUCAUACUUUGAGAUGUAAAUGACACAGCCGUUGAGGAGGAAUUCCGUCGGUCCGGUUUUCCUCCUUGAUUGAUACCCGAGUCUCGUAUUAUUUGCUUAUUUCUUCUUUCUCCA